UUCCCUUGGGUCUGUGUGGCACUGAAAGCUAUGGUGCACACCCCUUGGGGUGAGGGAGGAAGGGCAAGCCGCCUUCACUGAAUCUCAGGGUUCUCAACGGCCUCCAUGUCCGAGCAAGUGAAGACUCUUUCCUUGUCUCUAACUGCUUCCCGUAUCCCCAGCCAAGCAGCUCAGUCUCCUGGCUAUGGCCUUCCAGCUAUUAUAGUAUUUACGGCAGGUGCUUCUGCCAAUUUUAGACCAGCAUGUUACAGGGAGGGAUGUGUCCAGCUUUCGCAAACCCGGUGCUAACUGCUUGGUAGACUUUGUCCUUCCACUCCCCUGCAUGGUUGCCUGCAUGGCAUUGCUCGCUGUGUUUAUCUGAAGCACCUGCCCCAGUGAGGAGCUGUAACAGAUGUUUUGUUAGUCUAUAAAGUGCUACCAGACCAUUUGUUGUGUUAAGUUUAUCCUGUACCGACUACUCGGCUACCCCCUGAAGCUUCAGAUCCUAGAAGUUUAGCAGUUGUGAGAUUAAGGGUUAUGGGGGUUUCUGGAGAUCUUGAGUCUCCUGUCUAUUGUCCCCGUUACUCCACUUGUGAAAACUUCUGUGUGAAGAUGUGUGUCCUCUGUGGGGCUAUCUGUAACGUUUGUCCCUCAAACCCAAUUCUAGGUAUGCUGCAGUAACUCCACUGACAUCAGUAGAAUUACUCCAGACUUAUACUGGUGUGGCUGAAAGCAGACUAUGGCCCAGUGUUAGUAUUCCUAUGACAGUUCAUUCCAAGGCCAGGUGGUGCAGUGGUGUAGGUACCCGGACUCUUCGCCCUGCAGACCCACAUUUUAAAAUUGAUUUGGGGGUCUCACGUGACAUGAGUGAGUUGGUCUCAGCUCACUUGUUUUUAUGUGGCGUUCUCCCCCCAGCCCUGACUGCUCCAAGGAACAACACAGUUCUUGCCCUUUCAGUGGUUGCUGCUGAGGAGAAUCCCUAGUACAAGAUGCGACCAGUCAGGACUAAAAUGUGUUGGCAAAGCUGGGGACUGAUGGUGCUUGAUGAUCUACAUGCACCUGAAGAACUACACCAUUCCUAACGAGCAGCGCUACAUCAUUCGAAUCCUCUUCAUUGUGCCUAUCUACGCCUUUGAUUCCUGGCUCAGCCUCCUGCUCAUUGGAAGUCACCAGUACUACGUGUACUUCAACUCUGUGCGUGACUGCUAUGAAGCAUUUGUAAUCUACAGUUUCCUGAGCCUCUGCUUUGAGUACCUUGGAGGAGAGAGCACCAUCAUGUCUGAGAUCCGGGGGAAGCCCAUCGCGUCCAGUUGCCUUUACGGGACUUGCUGCCUGCAAGGAAUGUCCUAUUCCAUUGGAUUCCUCAGAUUCUGCAAGCAGGCUACACUGCAGUUCUGCAUUGUGAAGCCCCUGAUGGCGAUCGUCACCAUUAUCCUGCAGGCAUUUGGGAAAUACCAUGAUGGCGACUUCAAUAUUCACAGCGGUUAUCUCUACAUCACCAUCAUCUACAACUUUUCUGUCAGCAUGGCCCUCUAUGCGCUCUUCCUCUUCUACUUCGCCACCCGGGAUCUCCUGCGCCCCUUUGAGCCAGUCCUCAAGUUCCUUACCAUCAAGGCCGUCAUCUUCCUCUCCUUCUGGCAAGGGAUGCUGCUAGCCAUCCUGGAGAAGUGUGGGGUGAUCCCUGAGGUCCAGAUCAUUGACGGGAAGGAGGUGGGGGCUGGGACGGUCGCUGCUGGCUACCAAAACUUCAUAAUCUGCAUUGAGAUGCUAUUUGCUGCCAUUGCUCUGCGCUAUGCCUUUACCUGCCAGGUGUACAGAGAGAAGAAGGAAAGCUCAUCAGCAAACGUGGCCCCCAUGCAGAGCAUCUCGAGUGGGCUGAAGGAGACAAUGAGCCCUCAGGACAUUGUGCAGGAUGCCAUCCACAACUUCUCCCCCACCUACCAGCAGUACACCCAGCAGUCCAUGCAAGAGGCAGAGACGAAAGCGCCUGGGCAGAUUGGACACACGGCACCCAAAGCAGAUGGACAAAAUACCAAAAAAAGCAAAAACAUUGAGAAAAGAGUGCUGAUGCUCUCCGACGACGAACCCUAGGAGAGAGCUGAGCGGACAGCAGCAUGGGAGAUGUUUAAAAACUCGUUGUCUCCGUUAAUCUCCUUCAACUUGGAAGCUACCUCAAAGCCCAGGCUGAGCAAUCUGGAGCCAAAUGAGAGCAAGAGACCUGAGCCAAAGAAGCUAAGACCAGCAGUUGCUUUGGAAGGAAAGAAAUAAGGAACCGGAGAGGGGCUGAAUUGUGCUAGGCUUCUGCUAUCCUGCCCUGCACAUGUUGGAGACUAGUUCUCCUCUGUUCUCAUUAGGCCCCUAUACUUUUGUCAGUCACCGUUUCUAUCCGUGAAGUUGCCCCUCUUCCAGUGUUGUGACGUACAUCUAGUGUCUGCAUCAGUGCGGUGGGAAUGCUGGGACGGGAAGCCACCAGGACUCCUGGGAGCUGGACUAGCUCGUCCUCAGUUGCCUCUUGCCUAUGAGCAAGAGCAUUUGGGGGAAGAGAAUUGCUCUGUGCAUCAUGACUCUGUUUAGUGACUCUUGGCCUAAGUAAAAAGGGUGAAUGGCUCAAGUGCUGAGGAGAAGAGCAGAAUGGCAGGUCAACUGUCCAUCUCCUGCUUUGGCAUUUUGGAAGUUGCCAUUAUUUUUGUUAAAACUUAAACCUCAGGAAUCUUGUAGGAAAUAGUUAUGGGGGAAGAGGAAAAAAAUGAGCUAAUUUCUGGUACCUACCUGAUUAAAAUGUAAUAACCCCCAAGGAAAGGGCUAAAAUGAGAUUCACGUGCUGCUACCUGUACUGUUUCUGAGAGGGGGAAAUCCCUUAUUUGUGUCUUUAAAAGAACAAUGAUCUACCUUGGAGUGGAUCAGAUAUUGAAAUGGAUUCCAAUUGGCUUAUUUGCUUUGCAGGGAAUUGAACUCUCAUGACUGUAAUGGGUUAGGAAUUCACUGACUGGAAACUUCUUGGACACUUUUUGUUGUUAAGCUGCUCUCCUUACACCUAGGAAACAACUUUAUUUUAAUGCAUAGCACUUGGCUUCAUCUAGACUGGAGAGAACCAGAAUUAUUUAAAAAAUUAAAACCCCACAACCACAAUUCAUAUGUGGAAAGUGUUUGCUUGUAAACCCUAGCACAGCUCUGCCCCUGCUUGAGUUACAUACUGAUCUGUUGCUGGGGUCCUGGUUCCCACUUCUGAUCACCUAGGGGACCAAAAAUGGCAGAAUGGCUCUGUUCUAAGACAGAUGGUGAGCAAAAUAUAAAUAAGCCUGACUCCUUUUUCUGUUGACCUGCACAAAGUCAUUUGUGGGGGACAAAUACCUGAAUAUGGGAUCAGUUGGAUUAAUUUCUCUCUGCUGAACAACAGAUAGUGCACCCUAUUCCAUGAGCUCUCCAACAUCUCUCCAGAAUAGUAUUUUAGAUCUUAGAAGAAAGCUGCACCAAUUUCUGACCAUACCCCUUCUCUCCUAUCAGAAUGCCCACUGGAAACUCAUCUGGGUAUUGGCAUCGCUUUGUCUCAGUUUAUUUGUGGUGGGGAGACCAUUUCAGUGUGCCUUAAAAGGACCUACAGUGCCUCAAAGUUGCUGCCAUGUAAUAAAUGGACAGUUAACUCCUCUGGUUCUGUUUAGAAGGGGACCCUUUUAUUGCUAGCAAUUUCCCCAGCUCUGUGCUCCCUUGAGUCUGAAGUAGAAAUUGUAAUGUAAUGCUGCAUUUUACUAUUUAUGAGGUUGGUUGGUUUGUUUUUCCUAAUAAAUGUCUGUUUCUAUUACGGCUCCAA